AUGACGCGUGGGACAGACAGAGGGAGAUCAAAUCACACUUUAUUUGUCACAUGCGCCGAAUACAACAGGUUUAAACCUUACAGUGAAAUACUGACUGACAAGCACUUAACCAACAGUGACGUUCAGGGAAGAGUUACGAAAAUAUUUACUAAGUGGACUAAAAUAAGAAGAGUUAAGAGACCGGUAAUACAAUACUAUAUACAGGAGGUACCGGUAAUACAAUACUAUAUACAGGAGGUACCAGUACUACAAUACUAUAUACAGGAGGCACCGGUAAUACAAUACUAUAUACAGGAGGCACUGGUAAUACAAUACUAUAUACAGGAGGCACUGGUAAUACAAUACUAUAUACAGGAGGCACCGGUAAUACAAUACUAUAUACAGGAGGCACCGGUAAUACAAUACUAUAUACAGGAGGUACCGGUAAUACAAUACUAUAUACAGGAGGUACCGGUAAUACAAUACUAUAUACAGGAGGCACCGGUAAUACAAUACUAUAUACAGGAGGCACCGGUAAUACAAUACUAUAUACAGGAGGCACCGGUAAUACAAUACUAUAUACAGGAGGCACCGGUAAUACAAUACUAUAUACAGGAGGCACCGGUAAUACAAUACUAUAUACAGGAGGCACCGGUAAUACAAUACUAUAUACAGGAGGCACCGGUAAUACAAUACUAUAUACAGGAGGCACCGGUAAUACAAUACUAUAUACAGGAGGCACCGGUAAUACAAUACUAUAUACAGGAGGCACCGGUAAUACAAUACUAUAUACAGGAGGCACCGGUAAUACAAUACUAUAUACAGGGGGUACCGGUAAUACAAUACUAUAUACAGGGGGUACCGGUAAUACAAUACUAUAUACAGGAGGCACUGGUAAUACAAUACUAUAUACAUGAGGUACAGAGUCAACGUGGAGGCUAUAUACAGGAGGUACCAGUAUAGAGUCAAUGUGGAGGCUAUAUACAGGGGGUACCAGUACAGAGUCAAUGUGGAGGCUAUAUACAGGGGGUACCGGUACAGAGUCAAUGUGGAGGCUAUAUACAGGGGGUACCAGUAGAGUCAAUGUGGAGGCUAUAUACAGGGGGUACCAGUACAGAGUCAAUGUUGAGGCUAUAUACAGGGGGUACCGGUAUAGAGUCAAUGUUGAGGCUAUAUACAGGGGGUACCAGUAGAGUCAAUGUGGAGGCUAUAUACAGGGGGUACCAGUACAGAGUCAAUGUGGAGGCUAUAUACAGGGGGUACCGGUACAGAGUCAAUGUGGAGGCUAUAUACAGGGGUACCAGUACAGAGUUAAUGUGGAGGCUAUAUACAGGGGGUACCAGUACAGAGUCAAUGUGGAGGCUAUAUACAGGGGGUACCAGUAC